AUGGCAGGCGGAGAUCCAAUUUUGUACAGUUUAUACGUCUACGCUCCCAACCAUGGAGCUCCAAUCUUCUUCGCCGUGGCCUUUGCUAUUUCGGCCGUCUUUCAUAUCUGGCAAUGCUUUCAAUACAAGGCAUUUAGAUUAGUCGGAUUACAAUCUACAUGCGCUGUGUUAUUCGUGGCGGGCUUUGCUUGUCGAGAGUAUUCAUCAUACCACUACAUCUACGAAAAAGACGCAAAUAAUGUUCUCAUCCCCUUUAUUCUUGGCCAGGUCUUCAUAUAUGCAUGCCCCCCCCUUCUCGAGCUUUCGAACUACCAUGUCCUCGGCCGCGUAUUCUUUUACGUUCCUCAUUGCGCUCCGCUUCCAGCCUCAAGCGUUCUUCGUGUAUUUGGAGGCCUCAUGGCUAUCGUUGAAGCCUUGAAUGGUGUAGGAGCCUCUUUAUCCGCUAAUCCGUCUGCAUCACCUGGUACACAAACGCUCGGAAGCCACCUGAUAAUGGCAGUCCUUGUUAUCCAACUCAUCGUUAUUACGAUCUUCGUUGGCCUGACUUCUACCUUUCACGUCAAAUGUGUUAAAGCCUCGGUACCAUCCAAGAAUGUCUACACUCUGCUAGCUACGCUAUAUAUGAGUAUGACGCUAAUCUUCAUAAGAUGUAUCUAUCGGCUGGUGGAACACACUGGCGAUACAAAGGUGGAUAUCACUGACAUUGAGGCCCUGAAACAACUGAACCCUCUUUUGCGAUACGAAGUCUACUUCUAUAUUUUUGAGGCCACUCUUAUGCUUCUCAAUUCCGCACUGUGGAAUGUAUGGAAUGCAGGCCGCCUGUUGCCGGCGAACCCCCAUAUCUAUUUGGCACAAGAUGGAAUUGAGGCCAUGGUAGAGGCGCCACCGGACUCUCGACCAUUUUGGCAGAAAGCUGUGAACAUGUUCACAUUUGGGCUGCUAUAUGGCAAAAAGAGUCCUGUUGUGAGACUUGAAGAGUUGACCGAGUAUUCGAGAGUUGGUGGAAAUGGGCAAGCUGGAGCGCAUAUGCUCAAGUGA